UCUCUCACAAGACAUGCUCUGCUGUAAGAUUCAUUUACGUCACGAUUCCAAAGCACUGCAUGACUUUGUACCAGAAGACAAGCGAGCACAGCGUACAUACCAUGCGGAGCUCAACGUGGCAAUGUUCGCCGUCGCAAUGCUAGUCUAGUCUGCUUUAGGGCUUCCCGGUCUGGCUCGACACGAGGCAUAAGGAUCUGUUGGCGCCAUGCGAUCUCUCACCACUCGUCUCCAGUAUUGCGGAGAAGUAAGGCGAGAGACCUCAAUUCUCGAUCUCGCCGCAUUGCAAUCUUUUCUUUUCAGUUGUACAUAUGGCGGUGACGGAGGCUACGAAUGCGAGCAGCAAGCCUGAUGGCUCGCCGCGAGGACCCGGACGUCGACUGGCUGGCCCAGGAAGACAAGUAGGUGAAAGUCGCAAGCGUACUCGAACCGGAUGCUUGAAUUGCCGUCGGAAGCGGAGAAAGUGCGACGAAGCCAAACCGACAUGCGAAGGCUGCCAAGCAAGACGAGAGGUGUGCGAAUGGGGCGUGAAGGUCUCCUUCAGACCAGAAAAUGCACAGACUAUGGAAGCCGAGCAUCCUUCCAUGUUGCAGGCUGCGAACAACGAACGAUUGAACUACAAGAUUGUCAAUGUGACUAACGAAGUUAUACGGGACUACUUCGAAGAAAGCACGAAUGGCGUGGACGACGCUCGUGCUGCGGAAGCAGUACCUCUUCCCUCGUCCUCGUCGUCCAAAGAGACUGCGCCAGCCACUCGGAACGGUCGUGACAAGAGUCGUCAGAUGGCGCCAUUCGACAUGCUGCGUCAAACAGCAACACAUGACAGCUAUUCAACAGUUGAAGACGAUUUAGUGCCAAGCUUAGAGCUCGAAGGUGCACAACUAGUACCUUCUCGAGAGCUAUUCUUGUCACCCGACUACAGCGACAGCACUUUUGAAGACGGCAUUUUCUCGGCCGGCUCCCAGUACCAAGAAUUACACGCAGCGCUGCGCAGCAGAAUCAUCGAUACCGCGAAGUCGACAGCUCCGUCCAGACUAGGAUCGCCAGAAAUUCAUCAAAGGUCAGAGCUGUAUCCUGAGGGGAGCAGUGAAGCUGCCGACGACGAGUGGCAAAGGCUUGCAUACCUUUCUGUGGAGCAAGAGUUCAUGCUGUGGCAGAAUUAUAUCGAUGAAAUUGCCCCUUGGCUGGACAAAUUUGAUAUAUACCGUCAUUUUGAGCUUGUAUUGCCCAUACUAGCGAAACAUCAUCCUCACCUCAAGUACUCGAUAUUGGCCUUAUCUGCGCGACAAAAGGAACUCAAGGAGAAGAAGCCCGACAACUCCUGCAGUCUGGCAUUGUACCAACACGCCAUUCACCUUCUGUCUCCUCUUCUGCAAUUGCGGACCACAGCGGUUUUGGCAUCAUGCCUAGUACUUUGUGUACUUGAGAUGAUGAGCUGUUCGCCAAAGGCAUGGCGCCGACACCUCGAUGGCUGUGCUGCUUUGAUACAGGCACUCGGUAUCUCAGGCGGCUGCGGCGGUCUCGAGCAAGCCAUCUUCUGGUGCUUCGCGCGCAUCGACAUUUGUGGGGCACUCAUCUCGUCAGAACGAACUCUGAUACCAUUACACAAAUGGAUGGGAGGAGUUGACAUCACCGCGGACGUGAACACGCUUCUGAAUCUUCAUUCUGACUUCAGCAUGUACGCCAACCACGUUGUGUACCUCACAGGACAAGUCAUCGACCUUCUCUGCUCCUCUGGCAAAUGGGAGCAGCGACACCGCAACCCAGCUCACCCAAUGAGCCCCACCGAGUACUUCCACCAAUGGACCCAACUCUUCGAACUUCUCGAACGCUGGUACCACGACCGCCCGGAAGAAAUGAAAACCAUCAUCAGCAUCUCCGCCUCUACGACCAACAAACCCUUCCCAACACUCCUCUUCGGCAAUGGUCCCGGCAUUUCCGGUAACCAAAUGUAUCACACUGCUGCACUCCUGAUGCUCAAAUACAAACCUCCUCACGUCCAGUUUGCCAAGAAACCUGCUUCGGUCUUGUGGCACGCUCGACAGAUUUGCGGCAUCAGUAUCAGUAAUCACCAUCAUGGCAGUUGGAGUAACAGUAUUCAGCCACUGUGGAUUGCAGGACAGCAUAUGAGUCAUCCGAGCGAACAUCGUGCGAUUUUGCAAAUAUAUGAGACGAUUGAGAAGGAGAUGGGUUGGGCAACGAAGUGGAGGGCGGAUGAUUUGAAGGAACAUUGGGGUGAUGUCGAUGUUUGAAGCGAGACGACAGGCGAACGCCUCUACACUGACCGCAUUGCUUGUGCCUCACAUCAGCAAUGCGAAGAACAUGGCGCGAGUCAUGAUCUCCAACAUUUUGGUUCUGUGCUACGUCAGGCUGGCAGCCAAGAAGUACAUGCACUAGUGCGCCAGGAAUAGGAUGCCAGUUCAGCCAGUGGGAUCUUGCAUGGGUCAGCAACGUUGAAUGUAACCGAAGUAAUGAAGCCGAAGAUUGCAAGUCUAGGACAUUUGCCCCCUAUAUAUGAUGGCC